UCAACCUCUAGACGUGUUAGGCUGGCACAGACCCUGAAAACCUUUCAGAUUAAUGGGGGUUUGGGAGGAUGGUUGCUCGUGUGCAGUUUUUUGGUUGUUCUGCUACUGCUGCUAGACCAGCUCAUGCUGUUCCUUUAUCCUCUGCUUUCUCAUCAGUCAUGACAGGAUCAAGUUAGUGAAGUGGAAUCUGGGAAAGGGUGGAAUCGGCUACUUCUGGUAAAAUCUUUUGUUUUGUGAUUCGGUUUAUGGUGUAUGAGUUGUAAGCACCUCUACUCCUUUUAUAGUCCUCCCUCUCACUCAAGAUCUUAGUUCUUCACAUUCCUGAACUGGUAAUCUCCCUUGACUCAGUGCAGUGCAGAUUUUGCAGUUACUGGUUUUGUCCUGAGGAAAAGAUCAUCUUGAUACAGUUACCUUUGUAAUGUAGUUCAUGUUCAAGAUUGAACACCAUCUUGAUGCUACUGCACUUAUGCGAAUUCAUUCAUGACCUUGAGCAGCUGUCCUACUUUGGUCUUCACUUCUGAAUCUUUCAGGUUUCAGCUAAUUUCUUGAGGUGCACACACACAGUGAGUGAGCAGAGUAAAAGACAAGUGCAUAUACAGACAGACCACCAUGGUGAAGAUCUGUUGCAUCGGCGCCGGCUACGUCGGCGGCCCGACGAUGGCUGUCAUCGCGCUCAAGUGCCCGGCCAUCGAGGUCGCCGUCGUCGACGUCUCCCCGCUGCGCAUCGACGCAUGGAACAGCGACCGACUCCCCGUCUUCGAGCCGGGCCUCGAUGCGGUGGUCAAGGCCUGCCGCGGCCGGAACCUCUCCUUCAGCGCCGACGUCGACCGCCACGUCGCCGACGCGGACAUCGUGUUCGUGUCCGUCAACACGCCCACCAAGACCCGCGGCCUCGGCGCCGGCAAGGCCGCUGACCUCACUUACUGGGAGAGCGCGGCGCGUGCGAUCGCUGACGCGUCCCGCUCCGACAAGGUCGUCGUCGAGAAGUCCACCGUCCCUGUCAAGACCGCCGAGGCCAUGGAGAGGAUCCUCGCGCACAGCGGCAGCGACGUUGCGUUCCAGGUCCUCUCCAACCCGGAGUUCUUCGCCGAGGGCUCCGCCGUGCAGAACCUGCUCUGCCCCGACCGCGUGCUCAUCGGUGGCUGGGACACCGCCGAGGGCAGAAACGCCGUGCGGGCGCUCAUGGAUGUGUACGCGCACUGGGUCCCCGAGGACCGGAUCGUCACCACGAGCCUCUCGUCGGCGGAGCUGUCCAAGCUCGCCGCGAACGCGUUCCUGGCGCAGAGGGUCUCGUCGGUGAACGCCAUCUCGGCGCUGUGCGAGGUCACCGGCGCCGAUGCGUUGGAGGUGGCGCGCUCUGUCGGCACGGACCACCGCGUCGGGGACAGUUUCCUGAACGCCGGCGUGGGUUUCGGCGGCUCGAGCUUCCAGAAAGAUGUCCUGAGCCUGGUGUACGCCUGCGAGUGUAACGGCCUCCCGGAGGCGGCCGGCUACUGGCAGCAGGUGGUGGCCAUGAACGAGUACCAGAAGAGCCGGUUCGUGCGCCGCGUGGUGUCGUCCAUGUUCAACACAGUGGCCGGCAAGAAGGUGGCCGUGCUGGGGUUCGCGUUCAAGAAGGGCGUCUGCGACACGAGGGAGUCGCCGGCGAUCGACGUGUGCCGGGGCCUGCUCGGCGACAGGGCCCACGUCAGCGUGUACGACCCACUGGUGAGCGAGAAGCAGAUACGGAGGGACACGGCGGCGGCGCCGGCGGCGAAGGUGGAGCAGGUGCGCGUGGCGAGGGACGCGUACGAGGCCGCCGAGGGCGCGCACGGGCUCUGCGUGCUGACAGAGUGGGACGAGUUCAGGACGCUGGACUACCGGCGAAUAUUUGACGGCAUGCAGAAGCCGGCGUUCGUCUUCGACGGCCGCAACGUCGUCGAUGUGGGAAAGCUUAGGGAGAUCGGCUUCGUCGUCUACUCCGUCGGCAAGCCGUUAGACGCCUGGCUCGAGGUCUUGCCAGCGGUGGCGUAG